UGCCUCUCUCUUCCCUUUGCUUUAGCAUUACUAAUCACUCUUUAGUUUAUUAAUUAGUAACUGUUACUCUAAUAUAUUUUAAGAGAGAAGGUGCGUGUGUAUAAAUACACAUAACAAGUCGUUCUCGAGCUCUCCCAAUCCGAAUCUCCGAUUGGAAGAAGAAGCUUUCCUUUGUUUCAAGAAUUGAGUAAACAGAAUAUUUUUUUAAAAAAAAUGGUAUCAUGGAAAAAAACAAUAGCAACACCAUUCAAGAAGGCAGCAACAUUCUUCAACCAACCGCAGCAAUCACCAACAAAGGGUGGCCGCGGUGGAAGGAUGGAUGCAAAAGCGAGGGAAGAGCACGAGAGGAGGAUGGUACAAGAGCUUCAAGGAGAAGUCAUGGCUUGUGGUUACGAUGAUGUUCUCGUCAUGUGGUCUAUUCUCGACAAAUCUAACUCGUCCAACAACCUCACUUCUUCUUAACCCCAAACCAAACACCAAACAAGAAUGGUUUUCUUAUCCGCUUUUUUGUAUAUAUAUUAAAAGCGGUACUAGCCCUCCAUUGCAACCACCUCCUCUUCCUUCUUAUCUUUUCUUCUUCUGCGGUCAUGGCCUAAGGUCUGGUGAAUUUUUUCUAGACGAAUUAUCGUCCAGAAUUUGGAGAUGUUACUCUCCUUUUUCUCUCUUUUGAUAAUCCACGUGAUUAUGUUACGGUGGGAUUUUUUUUUUAUUUUGUGGAGGAAAAACUUGUCUUUCUUGAGUUCUACAUCAAUUGUAUGAGAUGAUUAGCAUUAAUUGUUUAAGAAUUCAAGAACUAGUUCUCCAUAAUGUAAAAGCUAUGUAAUGACCGAAGUUGCCCAUGUGUUAAAUUAUUAAUCAGAAGACCAAAAAAGUCCAUACAUAGUAUUGAGAUUGAUUAUGAAAUUGUGGCAAUGUAAACAGUAUUCAACUCACCGACAA